AUGGAUCCCAUCAAGACUCUCAUUGAUUUGGGUGCUACCUCCAAUUUCAUAUCUCCUACUCUAGUAGAAAAAUUAAAAAUCCCAAAAACCCUACUCAAAAAUCCAUGGGUAGUGAGAAUGUUAGAUGGUACUAUAUCCCAGACUGGUCAAAUUUGGCACCAGGUACAACUCACAGUUUUGGCCAAUGGCCAUCCCCACACUAUCCCAUUCCUUGUUUGCCCCAUAGGCAACACCCUGGCAAUCCUUGGCAUGACUUGGUUAACAACAGAAGCUCCUCUCAUCAAUUGGCAACAGGGUCUAGUCACCUUCCCCAAACAAGUACAAAUUGCCUCAGAAGAAGAAGCUGACCCAGACCCCUUGGCCAACCUUCCCCCACAGUAUCACAAGUUUGCCAAGGUUUUUGGCAAAGAAGAAUUCAAGGUCUUACCCCCCCAUAGGGAUUAUGACAUUUGUUACAAUCUCCUUACCUAUACCACCAGAUUUGGAUGA